GCGGUUAAUCGUGUCCAGCUUCACGCUUGUCGGUGAGAUGGCCGUGGAGUCUCUGCUGGUUCCUGUGGAGUCGAAACGGGUUCUGUGGACAGACAGCAGGAGGCGAGACACCCCGCCGCAGCCCCCCUCCGACCUCCAUUUUUAAAAUAUUAUAACGGUUUGAUCUCAUUCUGCAGAUGAUCAUCCUGAAACCUGAAAGACUUCUGACCAUCUCACCGACACUCCUCAAGUCUGGAGACUAGGCUCUGAACAGGUGAGAGUGGCCGGGCAGCCUGGCUGCCUCUCUGCCUCCAGAUGAAUGAAGAACGCUCCGGGACCCAGAGACACAGCUGAUGCAGGGCAUGAAGGUGUUUCUGCAAAUAUGAUGAAGAAGAAGAACCCGCACAAGAAACAUAAGAGCAGUCUGGGUCCGACCACGAAGGUUCUGUCGCAGCCUCGUCGUAACAUCGUCGGCUGCAGGAUCCAACACGUGUGGAAGGAGGGAGGAGGACACGUGAUCUGGAAAGGAAGCGUGCUGGACCAGGUACCGGUGAACCCGUCUCUCUAUCUAAUCAAGUACGAUGGUUUUGACUGCGUUUAUGGUCUGGAGCUCCACAAAGACGAGAGGGUUCAGGGACUGGAGGUGCUCCCUGAUAGACUCGCUAAAUCUCGCCUCACAGAUGUGAACCUGGCGGACACCAUGAUCGGUAAAGCGGUGGAGCACAUGUUCGAGACGGAGGAGGGUCCCAAGGAGGAGUGGAGGGGGAUGGUGCUGGCUCGAGCACCCAUCAUGACCACCUGGUUCUACAUCACCUACGAGAAAGACCCCGUUCUCUACAUGUACCAGCUGCUGGACGACUACAAAGAGGGAGACCUCCGCAUCAUGCCCGACUCCAACGACAGCGUCCCAGCAGAGAGGGAGCCCGGCGAGGUGGUGGACAGCCUGGUGGGCAAGCAGGUCGAGUACGCCAAAGAGGACGGCGGGAAGCGAACGGGGAUGGUCAUCCACCAAGUGGAGGCCAAACCCUCCGUCUACUUCAUCAAGUUCGACGACGACUUCCUCAUCUACGUCUACGACCUCGUCAAGACAUCGUAAGAGUUUCCCCCCUCUCAUGUUGCAGAGACAUAAAACAUCAGAAGUAUUUUAAAACAAACGCUUGUCCCUCACAUCAUCAAAGACGAGAGAAUAAAAAAGACACUUUGAAAUAACUCAUGAACAGAAGAAGAAAGGAUUCAUACUUCUUGAAAAUCGUCAACUUUUGUCGCAGGAACAUUCAAGACGGAAAGAGACGGUUGUCAUGGAGACUUUGUAAUCUUCUUAGACAGUUUUCAGUAAAACGUCCAAAACAUUCAAGAGAACCCUGAGAGGAACGAGCAGGCGCGUACAGGCGUCCAAACAUUUUGUUUUGACUAUAGCAAGAGAAACUAAAUCUUCAGAAGUCUAGAGUUUUUUUUGUUUGCUCCGAACAUGAGAAGAAGAAGAAGAAAUGAAGGUUUGGAUAAAAAACAAAACAAAAAUCACCUGGAUGGAUGGAGCUUGCGUUUGCAUUGAGGACCCCUCAAUCAGGACCCUCAACAACACAUUGUAGUGUUUUGAUAGUUUCGUAAUCUGUCGUCUGAUUUAAGCAGUCAGGACCGGCAUCACGACAGUACGGAAGCCCACUGCUGCCAUAAAAAGAAACAAAACACAGAAAAAAUGUUUUAGUUUCUAAAGCAAAUCAUGACUUUCUGAAUUAGGACUUCCAAAACAGUUUGACUUCAUUUUAGUUUACUUUCAAAUAAUUACAAAAAACCUUAAACUUUGGAGUAUUUCAAACAUUUAUACGCAAAGUACAGAAUAUUUGAAUUUCCAAAACUAUGAUUUUAAUAAUAAUUUAUACUUUAUUAAUCCUGCAAGGGUAAAUUCAUUUUUUUUGGACAUGCUGUCUAACAAUUAUUCCCCAGGAAACGAUACUCACUGUUAAAACAGUAUUGUUGUUUACUCAAGAUAUCGACAUCUUGACUUAUUUAUCGUGUUAACACCUGAUGUUAACUUUUUAUCACAAGAAAACAAAGUGAAAUCAAAGGUUUUGAUGCAUGUCCGUCUUGGACUUUCGUAGUAUUAACUUAGUAAUUUUCUUUACUUUGCAUUAGUAUCUCGACAUUUUAACUUUGGUUUAAUUUUCUCUUAAGAACAAACAAUGGUUUGGUUAAUUAGCUAAUUUAUAUGGAAAUCUACGGAAGCCCAAAGUGCACACACAUUAGCACAUUUUAUUUAACACUGAUUUCUAUGAUAACAGGUUCACUGUGUGUUUUCUCGAGUUCUCAACUUAUUUAUCCAAGUUGAUAUCAGCGCUGGCUUUCCCAGGAGAAUAAUUAAUUCAGGCCUUUUAUUUAGAAAUCUUGAGAAAUUAUCUCAUUAUCAAAGGAAAACCUGCGAUUGUAACCCCAAAAUCAGGAGAUGAAUAAGUCGAGAUCUCUUGAAAGCAACAGAAAUAACUUGUUAUCACGGGUAGACUGAGAUUAAUAAAAUGUAUGGAAGUGUGUCCGCUACGGAAGCCCGAUUGUGACAUACAUCAGCACUUUUUAUUCAACACCGAUUUCUCUGUUUUCUCGAGAUCACAACUUAUUUAUCUCCAGAUUAUAGCGCUGGCUUUUGGUGGAAAAACUAUUAAUUUAGGCCUUUUAUUUUGAAAUCUCGAGAAAUAAUCUCAUUAUCACGGUGAAAACCCGUAAAAUCAGGAGAUAAAUAAGUUGAGGUGUCUUGAAAAGAACUGAAACAACUCACAGGUAGACUGAGAAAAAUAGAAUAUAUGGAAGUGUGUCUGCUGAGGGCUUCCGUAGCAAUUAAAAAAAAAAAUCUUUAUAUUAUAAUGUCCUUUUGCAUUUAUGAGAAUUAAAAUGUAUCUCAUGUAGGUAUAAAUUAUUUGAUUUCUAAAGCCUGGCACUUACACUUAAAAGUUUGUUCUCAACGUGUCGAAAGAAGAGAUUUAAACACGAUGAAUCUUGUGGGUUUUUUUAACGCCUGGCCCUAGAAGUCUGACCUCCAUGAGAGAGACUUUCUGAAGCCUCGAAAAUGAUGGACGGUAAAAUAAUAAUACAAAUACUUUAACAAGCUUAAAGUUUAUUUAAAACACUAGAAAGAACUUCAGACAGAACGUCCUUCAUGUCCUCUUUACUGAUGAACUAAACGAGACUCACACAGGCUCUAGAUUCACCAACACAGACUGAACACUCACAAGACACUCAAACAAUCCUCAUCUGGAGACAUCCACAGCUACAAACUGAGCUUUCAGAAAAAGAAGAAGACUUUUUUUAUAAUUGCCAAAAACCCUUCAUGUCGUGCAGUUGUUUGUUGUUCAAGACGAUUGACUGCUUUCGUUCUUGUGAUUUCACUGAAGCCUUCUGAUUCGCUCUCGUGUCGUCUUUUCUACGUCCUCGAUGAAGAGAAAAAGGACGCUGCAACUCGGCCAGAGCUCCUUUUGGUCCUUGGCGGUUUGUUUUGAUGUUAAAAAAACGUUUCACAGACCCAGACGGACUCUUCUUGUGUUCCUCUUUUUUGAAUUUGAAACAGUGAAGGAUUCUUACUGGCUCGAGUUGCUGAUUUAAGGCAUGGAAAGCUUCGUUAAAUGCACCUUAAACCCCCCAGAGGAGAAGAGGAGAGUAUUCAUUGGACAGUUUAUGAAUAUGUUCGACUGAAAUUGUCAACAGAAUUAACAAGAAAUCAAAUGACCUGUAGAGCUGCAGCAGAGUUUUCUGUUUCAAAGGCUUGAUUCCAGUUUCUUUUCUGUCUUAGCUGAUGACAUUAUAACUUAAAGGUGGAGUCAGUAGCUUUUUCUCAUUGCAGCUUUUAAACACAACAUUCAAACCGGGCCCCCUCCUCCUGGGCUCAUCGGCCCCCAGAAGCUCAAACUCACUGCAGGACGUAGUGUGUACGUUUACUGCUUGUUUGUACACUGCAAGCUAACGCACGCUAGCACAAGCUAACCACCGAUGUUUGUCACCUGGCUUUCCCAAAAGACAGCAGACAAACUCAGAGUCUGCAGGUGAAACCAACAAAAGGUUCACCCUCGUUUUAAAACGAGCUUUAUCCGCUUGUUCGUCGCCUCACUGUGAUUAUAUUUCCUCCCCUUUACCGCUACGUCCACAUCAGUCGCAUUCCCACUUUGCGACCAAUAGCUGAAUUGUAUUGGGGCUGUCUUCAGCUGGAGGACAACCAGCUCCCCCCAAGAAACAUACAGAAUCAACCAGAACAGCCAGUCAGAGGACAGACCGUCUCUGCAGACACAGUCACCACCACACAUGUACGGAGGCCCAGAAUUGAUGAUUGAGCGACAUUCCUUUUAGUAUAAGUUAUUUUAUUUUCCAGGAAGCAGCUGCUGACUCUGCCUUUAAAGGUAUCCCAGUUUUUUAAUUUGGAUUGAAAAUGAUAAUCAGGUGUGUUUGUUAGUAUGUAUGCAGUAAGAGAGGACACAGUGAGGUGUUUUUUUAUUAUGAAGAGAUGGAGAAGGUUUCAACGUCCCGUUUGAGUAAAGUAAGGAGUGGAACACCUUCAGUCUGAAUACUUCCUGUGAUGUAAUUAGUCGCCGGGCAGAUUACAGCUCUCAUUAUAACCAACCGCACUAAAAAAAAAAAAAGGACAGAUACCCCAGAGGUCUGUUGUUCCUGCACUUGCGUCUCUGUUUAGUUUUUCAUAAAGCGAGGUCUGAUUGUGAUCAUCCCAGCAGGACGAGGUCAAUCCGUGAACUCGUAUUUGCAAACGACUUGAAUCAAAAACAGUUUUUAUGUCCGAUUCAGCCAGAACAUUUCAUUGUUAUAUUGGAUUAUUGAUGUUAUAAUGUAUUGAUUAUUGAAGUGGGAAUGACAUUGGCCUUCUAUCAUCCUUCUGCCUUGUAUUGUUCGUUUUUGUAUGUUUUGAAAUGUAUGUUAAUACUUUUUAUUGUUAAAGGAAAACCUGAAAUGGC